AUGCAACGACGACACACCGUGGUUGCGAAAGGACAGAUGUCGCCGUUCGCAAACGUCGUCCCCAGGCGGACGUUUCACAGCUCCAGCCAGCGCCACAAAUUGUCGUCCCGGGAGGAGGACGAGGAUGCGGAUGACAGUCCGUGGGGCGACCUGGACAAGGCGUUUGAAAAUCUGCAGGACAAGUCGCUGUACCAGCAAGUGUCCCACACUCCGGCAAGCGACUCCCGCUCUCCUACCCCAACAUCCUCCGCCGACGCGGACAGCCCGGCCCGAGACCCGAUCGCCGCGAUGGAGGAGGAGAUCUUUGCGCGCGCGGGCGCAGCGGCGGUCUCAUCCCCCACACCGCGCACUGUUUCGAGGGUGCCGCUGUCGGGGGUUCGCUUUUCCGACGCGCCGCCGUCUAUGCCGGACUUCAGUGGGGGAGCAGCUGCGCCGACGGGCGGAUGGACCGAGUACAUGGACGGCGGCAGUGUCGACGACUCGCCGUGGUCGUCGCUGGACGCGUUUGCGGACCAUCCGGAGUCGUCGGCCGAAUUCGCUGUGCCGCUCGACCUGGCUGCACAGCACAACCUCAUGCAGCGCAGUGCUGAGCCGUACGCCAACGCACGCGCCCAGCCCAGCGUCCAGGACGGUGGUGCGGCUGCAUUUGCGGCCAACGACACGCUGCUGCGGCAGCAAGCGCUUCUGAGCGAGCAAGAGGCGCUGUUUGCGCAGGCUGGUGCGGCGGCUGUGAGUGCUCAGUCGGCUUCAGUCGAGGCCGAGGGGCUGUCGCACAUUGACGCCGGCACGGGUUCCGCGUCGAUGGUGGAUGUAUCAUCCAAGCCGACCACUUCACGCAGUGCCACAGCGGUCGGACGCGUAUACAUGCCAUUUGAAGCCUUGCAGCUGGUGCGGGCGGCCGAAUCGCGCGGGGGCGUAUCGGGCAAAGGAGCCGUGCUGCACACUGCCCAACUCGCAGGGAUCAUGGCAGCCAAACGCACCUCGGACCUGAUCCCGCUCUGCCAUCCGCUGUCGCUCACGCACGUCGAUGUCGCGCUCGCGCUCGUGGACCAACACGAUGCAGAGAGCUAUGUGGACAUCGAGUGUACCGCCAAAACCGCCGGCGCCACGGGCGUCGAGAUGGAGGCGCUCACGGGAUGCACCGCCGCCUGCCUCACUGUGUGGGACAUGGUCAAGGCGGUGGCGGGCAAGACGAUGCGCAUUGGCGAUGUGCGCGUGGUCCGCAAGACCGGCGGCAAAAGCGCCGACUGGACACGCAUUUGA